CAUGCGUGUAACACCCAAGACGAUUUGCGCCGACUCACACUGAGUUGUAUUGUAGUUGUUGCCCCUGUUCUCUCCUCCUUCCCGUGUAAGAUGGUGGUUUGUGCUGCCAGCAGGUAGCAAACACCUUUACAAGCUGACAGAAAGGCCGGUUGGCACCGUGACAACCGCUGACAGCUGCUAGAGACGGCAGCUUGCUGCAACCGUAUCCCAUAUAGGCAUACUUCUCCCUCAACAUCCUGGAGAGGAAGCUGCGAAAACACAUAGGCAGGCUCCCGUCCCUGUCCUAGACGUCCGGUCCAGUAGUGUGUGAUCGUAGGAUGUCCCGGAACCCAGGGGUGAAGGACGACCUGAUGGAGUGCCCACUGUGUAUGGAGCCGCUGGAGAUCGAUGACGUCAACUUCUUCCCCUGCACCUGUGGAUACCAGAUCUGUCGCUUCUGCUGGCAUCGAAUCAGGACGGAUGAGAACGGCCUCUGUCCCGCCUGCAGAAAGCCAUACCCCGAAGACCCGGCGGUGUACAAGCCACUGUCGCAGGAGGAGCUGCAGAGGAUAAAGACGGAGAAGAAGCAGAAGCAGAACGAGAAGAAGCAGAAGAUCACCGAGAACAGAAAGCAUCUGGCCAGCGUCCGGGUGGUGCAGAGAAACCUGGUGUUUGUGGUGGGGCUGUCACAGAGGCUGGCUGACCCCGAGGUUCUGAGGAGGUCAGAAUAUUUUGGGAAGUUUGGGAAGAUUCACAAAGUGGUGAUCAACAACAGCACAUCGUACGCUGGCUCCCAGGGGCCGAGUGCCAGUGCCUAUGUCACAUAUAUUCGUUCAGAAGAUGCUCUCAGAGCAAUCCAGUGUGUCAACAAUGUGGUGGUCGAUGGCAGGACGCUGAAGGCUUCUUUAGGAACUACAAAAUACUGCAGUUACUUUUUAAAGAGCAUGCAGUGCCCCAAACCAGACUGCAUGUAUCUACACGAGCUCGGGGAUGAGGCUGCUAGUUUUACUAAAGAGGAGAUGCAGGCAGGAAAGCAUCAGGAGUAUGAGCAGAAACUACUACAAGACCUGUACAAAAGUAACCCAACCUUCCUACAGAGUCCAGCGGUGUCAGGGGACCGGUCGAAGGGCAAAGGCAACUCCUUACAGAGUAAAGAUGGCCUAUCAUCAGACCCCGGGAGGAGUCCUCCAUUAGAGGGCUCAGACUGUGAACACUUGACCCCUGCGGGGCCCCAACCUGACCCGAGCCUGGACCCCGUACCGGCCCUCUGUCCUUUCUCCUCACAGCUUGCUAGCCCCAGCCACACUCUGACAGACAUCACCAGUAUAGGCAACGGUGAAACCACACAACUGCUCCGUGGAGGCAGUGAGUCCACGUCGCCCCCCCCUGGCCUCAGUAAGCCCAGUCUGCUGCUUCCCAUCAGUGUCCCGGGCCACACGGCCCGCUCCCCGUUCGAGGCGACUGCCGCCGAGUCCCAGUCCCUGUUCUCAGACAACAGUAACUUCAGGCAUCCCAACCCGCUGCCCAGCGGCCUGAGCGGCUUCCCCAGCUCCCCCCACAGCAACGCUGACUGGCCCACAGCGCCAGAGCCACAGAGCCUCUUCACCUCAGAUACCAUGCCGGUGUCGUCGUCCACAGACUGGCAGGCCGCCUUUGGCUUUGGCUCAUCCAAUCAGCAACAGGAUGACGACCUGGGCUUCGACCCAUUCGACGUCACACGCCGAGCUCUGGCGGACCUCAUUGAGAAGGAGCUCUCUGUUGAAGACAGCUUUGGCUCCGCCCACAGAACGCUAGGGCCCCUGGGAGGGCUCCCACCCUCUCAGCACUUCCCACAGCAUCAGCACCCUCGCAGGGCGGACUAUAGCUCCUUCAGCUUCCCCUACCACCCUCCAUCCUCCACGGCCUCUGCAUCUUGUGGCUCCUGGAUGGCUUCCACCUCUUCACGCAGGAACUUUGUGCAUUUGAACCACACAGUCAGUGUGAUGGCCCCCCCCUCACACAGCAGAAUGGACUUGACAGUGCUGCCAGGACAUCGCACUACCGGGCUCGGGGGACUCCCCGUCACAGAAAGCGGCAGCCGCGGAGAGAGUCUAAAUGUGAAGGAAUGGCAGGACGGCCUCAGAGCGCUGUUACCCAACAUCAACAUCAACUUUGGAGGGCUGCCCAACUCCUCGUCUUCCUCGUUGUCCUCGUCCUCCUCCAGUGUCCAGCACGCAGGGCCCCCGGGGCUUCCUCACAGCCUUUGCUGGGACCGCACAGCCAGAUGGAUGGACCCAGCCAUAAUCACCGGGAUCCCUACCUCCACUGGCAACGGUCUGGACUCUCUUCAAGACGACAACCCUCCACACUGGCUCAAGUCCCUGCAGACGCUCACAGAAAUGGACACACCGUCCAGCUCUGUCUCACAACAAAAUGGCUUCAUUGGGAGCCAGCCGCCCCCCCACAGAGCCAGCUGGGCACACUACCCGGCCCCUAGCAGCCAGUUCCACUCCCCGCCGCCAGGCUUCCAGACGGCCUUCAGACCCCCAACACAGACCCAGACAGACCUGCUACAGAGCACCGCCAUCGACCGCCACUAGGGACUCCCAACACACACACACACACACACACACGCACACGCGUUGCUACCUGAAAUAGGCAGAUACAAUAAAAAAAACUAUGAACAACUAAUAAGAUGAUGAUGAUGAUAAUAAUAAUAAUAUAAUGUCUUAAUUUCUUCCUCCAACCAGAUCCCCUGGGCUUGUGUUUCAUGUCUCGGUUUAUGAUUGUUGGUAUGAGUAGGUCGAGGCCAGCUGUCCCAGCCACGCCUUUUAACAGACACACAAACCAGAGUCUCUCUGGUAGGGCAAAAAGCAGCAGCCUUUACUGAAUCUGAACAAGCUUUGAGAAUCACACGGUCACUUUCAAUCAUGUGCAGAAAGUGUGUUUGACAGAUGCUUAGGGAUCAAAUCGGCUGACAGAUGUGAUGAUUUGAAACAGGGUUGAACAUGUCUCUUGAUAAACGUCUUCAACAAGCUGCAGCUGAGAAACAGAGCUUUGCGUCUUUGAUCAGUAAAUGGAAGGUUUAGUAUGGCUAAGGUAUGGCAGAGCGCAAGGAGCCGCACAGCUUUAGUAUCUAGUAUAUCACCGACAAAAGAUCUGAGGGAGCAUGCAACUAUUUUGAGCGCUUUAAUCUGCACGUCAAGCUUUGAGAGUGCCCAGCCACGAUAUAUAAGACUCGCGUGUGUGACGGGGUUGGGGCUCAU